CUUGUUUCUUGUCGGACUGAUUUGACUGACGUACGUACUCCUCUGUCAAAGCAAGAACAUGGCGUCAGGGGUUAUUCGUGGCGCGUUGACGUUUGGUAUAUACUGCCAACAUUUUUGUUGGAAUUCCACAGUCACGCAUGUUCGGGGGAUUAAACGUUGGAUGAAGUCUUACACACUCCUUAUGGAACGAAAGCUAAAGCUUGAAGGUCCUCCACCGCCGAUACCAAGAUCACAAAAGCCUAAUUGGGAUUACCAUGCUGAGGUUCAGGCUUUCAGCAUUCGCCUUCAUGAGAACUUCUCCUUGGAACGAUUGAAAACAGCAUUUAUAAAUCCCUGUUACCUGCAGUCAGAGCAGAAAAAAAGACAAGAGUUGGGACUGGACUCUGAAAUCGCAGCUCUUGCUCUAAAAGAUAAUAUUGAGUUGAGCGCAGAAGGAUUUGACAUCACAAAAUGUUUCCUUACUGAUUGGUGCAUGGCCAACUUUCCUAGCCUGCCAACAGAAGGGGUGGAAAGUAUUGUGACACACCUUAUGAGUGUGGAUCUAGUGAGUAAUGUCGCUCGAAAUCUAGGCAUUGAAGAUUUAACAAUGAGUUUACAAUUUCCGGUCCCGGACAAUGUGCUUCAUUCUACAUUAAUGGCAGUCAUAGGAGCGCUGCAUGAAAGCAGUGGAACAGAGCGCACAAGAUAUUUCCUCAGGGAUUUUCUAGUCUCCCAGCUAAUAGGAAAAGACCUGUUUGAUUUGUGGACAGUCAUCAAUCCUAUGGGUCUUCUGGUUGAGGAACUAAAUAAGCGAAAGAUUUCACUUCCUGAGCCCCGCCUCAUCAGGUCUGCUGGGUCCAGCACAGUACUGCCACUGUAUUUUGUUGGUUUGUACAGUAAUAAGAAGCUCCUGGCCCAGGGUCCAGGUGAGACACUUAUUGCAGCAGAGGAGGAAGCGGCUCGUGUGGCCUUGCGGCAACUCUAUGGCUUCACUGAGAACCGGAGACCAUUUGAUUUUAGUCCACAACCACAGCAUGAGCAUCCUUUACUUGAAUCAGUCAGCAGCAGAUAAUAAAACAAGAAUACUUGGCUGAAUCCUAGGAACUGGAAAACAUCUUUUCGAUAACAUUAGAGCUGCACGAUUAUGGCCAAAAGCGAUGAUCACGAUUGUUUUGAAUGAAAUUGUAGUCAUCAUUAGUCAUCACAAUUAUCAUGUUCUGGAAGAUGUCUUUUAUUUUGUAUUAUAUUUUUCUGCAACGAUAUGUUAUGACUUUGGGUACUUUGCAAUGUAUUAACUGUCAUUUUAAAAUCAUAAUAACAAUUACAGAUAAUAGGCUAAUUAAAGAGUAUAGUAUCUAUUAUCUUGUUUAAUGACACUGGCACUGAAUACGAAACAAGUCCAGACAAUGAAUGUUGAGACCCUUUGAGGAACAACUACAGAAUAAAUAAUGUCCUCCCAAAUCAUGAUCACAAUUAAAAUUGAAUUUUAUGAGUGGUCCUACUUAGUGUAAUAAUGUACUUAUUUGGGUCAUUUUCAUGCUUGUAGUCUUUAAAGGUAUUUUCAUUAUAUUCCCUCAAAGCGUGUAUUAAAACAUUUCUUGCGUGACUCGCAAAAAAACAGUAAAUAUUACAAAACUUCGUGGUCUUUAUGUUGAACGUCCACUGUAAAUAUAUAUUUACCAUUGUUUCACUUGGAAUAAAAUAUUCAAGUGUAAUCGAUCGACUUGUUCGACUCAAAGUGAUUAUUAUAGUAACUGGUGUUACACUUGUAUCGCAUCAUUGGUGGCCUAUGUAAUGUGUAGACGCUGGUUAUUUAUUGUGUAACAUGAUUUUAUGCUCACAUUACCAUUAGAGAUGGCAUCUAUAAGCAAUGUUUCACAGUUUGUAAAAAUAACCAUGGGCAUGUAUGACUAUACUGUAUUUAAGUCAACUGAAUUUGGUUAAGUCCCAUAUAGAGAAUAAU